CUGAUUGCCGGCAACACAGCCGGUCGCGGUGCGAAACGCAUAUACCUACGGUAUUAUUGUUGUUGCGCUACCGGGUACACCGGGUGGGUAUCAUACAAUAUUGGAGGUACGCGUUUCGCCGUCACCGUCUGCCCGCGAUAAAAUUUAUAUACGGGCGAAACAACGACAAUCCAUCGCCGACGACCGAACGCCCGGACGCCCGCCCGACAACAACAACAACAAUACGUUAUCGGUACAAUACGAUAAUAUUCCGCGAUGAAGUCUCCCGGGCCGGACCGGCCGACGGCGUCGCGGCGCCCGACUUUUCGCCGUCCGCCUUCCGCGCUGCGGCCGCGGACCGUGGCGAUCGCGGCCGUGGUUUUGCUGGUGGUACACUGCUCGGCGGUCUCGACGUCGUCGGCCGACGACGGCGGCAACCGGACGCCGUACGCCGCAGCAGCCGACGACGACGACACGGUCGUAAUCGAAGGUAAGGGAUGAUGACGCCGUCACCGAACAAACGCAUGCUAUUUAUACGAUUUUUCUUAAUUAGGUGUCGGUUUUUAACGACCGACGCGCGAUAUUAAUUUUUUUCGAUACCAAUAAUAUUAUUAUUAACGUUCGGCCGGACAAAGGAACGGUCCGUAUAUUAGAGAUAAACCGCGGUGAAGAUUACAGCAGGCGUCUGUAACAGGAUCAAUAUGUCUCGAUACGCUCGUUAUUCGGAGGGUUGGUAAACUCCUACAAAAGUCGAUAAUCUCCUGCAUUGACACAGUGUUAACUCCUAUAUAAAAGAUAGGGUUAACUCCGUUUUUCGUAUGAUCCGCGGCGGCGCUAAUACAUAGGAGCGCACAAAGGGAUGCCGAAUCGGUGAACUUUGAAAUUAAUCGGCGACAGCAACGGCGGAAAAUCCGUUUAGACGAAAAAAUCGUUUAUGUUUGUUACUUACACCGUUGUUAGCUAUUUGUUCAUUUCAUCAUCGAAAACGAUACAAUUUUUUUACAUAGAUUUUACACCGUUUGUGCAGAUUCGACAUUUGUGCUUUUCACGACGCAAGUAUAUCAGUGUGUAUUCCUUAUCGAAAACGCAACGCGCUUUAUUUCGAUAUUUCCGAAAGACCAGUCAUCGCGCAAUCAUCUUUGUCUACCGUCUGUGGUACGAAAUAAUUACUCUACUAAUAUUAUAGGGGCCAGUGCACGUUAUUAUUCAUAGUAUAUAUAUAUUAUGUUUAAUAUGCAAAUAUUAUAAAUAUGGUAUCCGACUUUGUUGUAGCGAACGAUAUUUUUGCGAAUUUAAUUUGCAUACAAAAAUGCGUUGUUACCUAUAUAGGUAUACCUAUAACUGUAUACAUAUUCAAAAAACUGGUUUUGAUUUUUUUUUUUUUUUUUUGGUUUGCUUUUUCGUCUCGUUAUAGAUUGGCCGGCUAUAUAUAUAUGUAUAAUACAUAAUAUUAUGAUCUUUCGACCGGAGGCCAAUCUAAAUAAUUUAAAAUGUUUUAUAAUAUCAUUUAUAGACGAAUCAAUGUCAAAUACAUAGGUAGAUAGACCUGCUGCAGAGUAGAUAGGUAUUCUAUUUAAAGGUACUCGAAAAACGGUUUUUUUUGUUCUAAAAAAAUUAAACGCCCGAAUUUAAAAUAAGUCAAAAAACUGUAUACUGCAGGUAUCUAUAUAUAUAUAUAUAUAUCAUAAUUUUGCGUUACUCUUGUAAUCUAUAUAUAAAAAAAAAGACACGUCACGGUAAAUUAAUUUGAAAAAAAAUAAAUAUAAAUUUGCGAUUAAAAUUAAAAUACAUAAACUGGUUACAUUAUAUUCGGAUAUAUAAUGCAAUUUUAACAGCUGCGGGUUUAUAAUAUAUUAUUGUAUUAUAAUGUAUAAAAAAAGAUCAACCGAUAUUCGAUUUUUGAUCUUUUAAUGUCCAUAUGAAUUUUUUAAAGACGUUAUUUCUAUUGAAUACAUUAUAAAUAAGUGUAUAAGUAAAUACAUAAACUCAUUUUUUUUUUUUUCUGAAAUGGUUAAUUUUUAAGUAGGUACUGUUCAAACGUUAUAUUUAAUUGAAUAUUUCAGGCGUCGGUAAUAAUUAUAAUAUUAUAUAGUCCGAUACAUAAUUAAACUUUAUUAAAAUAUAGUUUCGUUCACAAAAACAGUCAAUCGUAUAGAUAACGUAUUAAUUUUGUAAAGAAUCGUAUAAAGAAAACCACAAGGAAAAUUAAAAACCGAUUUGCCAAAUUGUGAGCAACUUAUGUUCAAAUUAUAUAUACUACGAUAAUAUAAUAUGAUUAUGUGUUAUAAACGGCAUUAAUACGUACGUAAAUAGUGAAUAUAGAGACGUUAUAAUACGAUGGAAGAGAUAGAUAACGCGAAGAAGUCGUAUCUAAAUGGGUCAUAAUUCCAUAAGACUAUUGAAAAGAUCUGUUGACAUCGGCUAUAAGGCUCUUUGAAAGAACUAUAGGCAUAGAGAAGAAAAAGAGAGAGAGGGGGAGGGAGAGAGAGAGAGAGAAUAUUAUAGAGUACGAGGUAGCUGGGCAGCAUAUAUUGUUGGUGAACCAUAGCGUAUUAAUUUUAUCAUGUAUAUAUGAUAUAAGAAGAAAGUCUCUUCAAAGUCAUAUCGGCACUACACCUAAUCGUUUUAUAAUAUUAUCGAUUUUUCUCAAUGGCCCGGAGAUUAGUUACAUAGGUAGGUAGACGGGUCAUAUUUACACAACUUGAUCUCUAUUAUACAACUAGGUAUAUUACAUUUUCCUUAAAAACCGUUUAAGCUAUGAUGUAUACCUAUAGUUCUGUGUAGGUAAAUAGGUAUAAACUUUCUUCGGGGAUGUAAUAAUCGCUAAUAUUACAUGUAUACAUGAUGUACUGUAGCGACGACGUAACAAUAAUAUUAAUAAUAAUAAUACCAUCGCGAAUGUGACGAAAUAUUGAUUUACUGCGAUAAUGCGCGUUCGGGUUCGCCUAUUCGUUGUACAAUAAUAUUCGUAAGUUAAACGGUCCGAACGUUAUAAAUCAUAAUCGUUACGAUGGCAAAAAAUAAAACAAAGUACAAUUACACAGUCUUCGUAAUCCGACACUGCAGCCCAGUGGCGUACGCAAGGGUUAGGGGAGGUUAAGGGUUGUAUCCCUCUCAUCGGCUUAAAAAAAACAAAAACAUACGAGUAAUCUAAUAUCGAAAUGUACGAGGGCUAAUCAAAAAGUAUCAAGACUGGUAGUAUCAUUCGGAAAAGGAGCAUCGAAGAGCAGUAGGAUUGGUAUCACUUGCUUUUAUGACUUUCUCUGAGUACAUUUGUUUUUAUUGCUUCUCUAUAAAAUUCUUCGGCUUGAUUUCACUGAUAUUUUUGUAAAAUAUAUUUUUCGAGUUUGGCGAUUUUGUAAUAAACCCAAAAGAAGAGUAACUUGACAGAUUUGGAGAUUUUAGAAAAUUUGUCUGCAUUUUUUUCCAGUUUCAGAGGGAUGCAACAUUUCAUGGNUUUUGCCAUUAAAUGUCAAUUGAAAAACUGUGCCCUCGGUUGGCAGCGAGUUCCGCUACUUUUGGAUUCAUUACGAAAUCGCCAAACGUGAAAAACAAAUUUUAGAAAAAUGUCGUCAAAUCAAAACGAAGAAGUUUAUAGAGAUUUUAUACAAAUAGAUGUACUCAGUAUAAGUCAUAGAAAUUAGGUUUACAAAUCGUUUUGCUCUUCAACGCUCGGUUUCCGAGUAAUAUUAUCAGUCUCGAUACUUUUUGAUUAGCCCUCGUAUAUGUUUCAGCCAAGUUAUCAGAAAAAACUUGAAGUAUUGAUUAAAAAUUACCUAUUCUUUAGGAUCCGGCUUUUAAAUUACCAAUUCCCAUCAUAGUCGUGUUGGAUAAAGAAAACAAUUUUUCACGAUUCUUAUUUGCUACAUCCCGACCAAUUGAAAAUUCCUGGACACGCCACUGCUGCAUCCAAUCCUUUGCAUUAAUCCGACCCUUUUUAUUUUUUUACCAGCUGUAAUUUUAUUUUUGGGUUAUCGUUUCAACAGUUCGAUACACUUAAUCGGUAACCGCCGACGAUACUGUGGACAUCUCCAACAAGAACUAUAAACUCGUAACAAUACUACAGGUACUAUAUAAAAAAAUAUACUAAAUUACUAUACGCGCGGAAAUAAAUUUGAAAUAUACGUAUAAUCCAAUCAAAGCGUAUAGGUAAUGAAAAUAAAUAAAUUAUAAUUUUUACUCGACUUCUAUUUGACUCGAUAAUCCGGCAGUGAUAUAGGUAAUGGUCCCGGUAUUAUAUGUGUCGGAUUACCCGCAAGACUCUAAUACGCGUCGUAUAGCUACUGUAAUAAUUAUGGGUUUGUCGGUAAAUUCAGUCGUAGCUAUAAAUAGCCAUAAUUCAGGAGGGUUGGAUUUUUUUUUUUUUUUUAAGGCUAUUAUAAAACAUUGUCGUACGAAAUUUCGUUUAAUAAAUUACAAGACCUCUUUUGUGUAUAUUAUAUUAUUCCACGCGCGAGAGAAUGCGCAAUUGCGUUCUAUUUUGAUUCAACGAAAAUAAUUUAUUCGAAAUCUGGCAUGAGUGUGUGUGUGUGUGUGUAUAAAAAUAUAUUAUAAUUUAAUAUAUAUAUAUAUAGGUACUUGAUAUAUUUAUCGGGUUAUGUUGAUUAUAAUAUAUAAAUCUUGAAUACGGGCGCGUCCCAAACAUAAAAAAAAAAAAGUCAGGAUAUAUUUAAAUAGCGUUUUUUUUUCUUUAUAACCGUUCGUCGAAGUGAACCUUUAUCGACAAUAAUUCUUCCGAUAACCGUGUUUUUUUUUUUUUUUUUGAUAAUCUCAUCUUUAUACAUCGUCGCGGCUUGUACAAUCAGAAGACCGACCGAUUUUAACCUAUUUUAUUAAAAAUAUUUUAUCAGCCGUUUUAAUAAUAAUUUAACAAAAUAUAUUCAAUUGAAAAUACUAUUGGUUUUUGAGUCUUCUGAACAAUUGUGUUUGGCUGAUACGUUCCUCUGAUUCUAAACCGCCGACGAUACAAAUUAUUAUACUACAGACGAUAAUUAUUAAUACUGCAAUGACCGCGAAAUAGAUAUCACCGGAUUACGUGGGCUGCUGGUACAGGUGAUAGGUAGCGAUGAUAGUGACGGCGGUGUAUAUUUGUUUGAUAUUUAUUUGUUAACUUAUUAAAAUAUAACUAAUAUUAUUUUAUCAUUUAACUUGAAACGGAUAAAUAAGAUCGAUAUAAACUUGUAUAAUUGUAUCCGGUAAGUGAAAUUACAUUUGUUACAAAGUAAUAUUUAUAUGUUAAUAUACUUACAAGUAGUGCCAUAGUUAUGGAGAAUGACGAGGAUAGACCCCCCCAAAAGCCUCUUUCAUUGCCAAAAUCAUAACUACACGCUAUUGACUAAGUAAGCCUAUGUAAAUACCUAUAUGCAAUAAAAACAAUAAACGAUUACAAAAUUGCAGUACUCGCACGAGGUCACAAAUAUACUGGACAAAUAAUAUUAACGUGGUCGUGCCCUGAUACACAUACUGUACGAAAUUCAAUACAAGCGAAAAUCGCGCGUAAACGAACAAUACUCAUGCAUUUCAUGAGCGUAUGAGAUUUUACUGAUUUUGCAAAUAUUAUUUCCGUAAAAAACCUUAACGAUUUUUAAGUAUGUUAUCAUGUACCCAUGCAAUGUAAUAAUCCGAUUUCUUGUGCGUUUGUGUGUAUAGUUGGGUACUCCGAAGGCACAUCAUUCUGUACGAAUUUAUUGGUUCUUUUUCCUUACGUAAUAAUAUGCAAAUAGUAAUAUACCGACUUGUUGAGCUUCUAUAUUAUAUACCUAAGCCUUUGUAAUUGAUUUUCGUGUAUACGGAUAGUAAUAUAAUAUAUUAUUAUUAUUGUCUAAAAACUCACGCAACAGUGGGGUGGCGGCAAAAAUAUAUUGCAAAAAACAAAAACCAAUCGAAAAUUUACUGUAUUAAAUGACUUAACCGGCCGUCGCGAACACGUCCUGCGCCAAGGUCGCACCGGCCAAUAAUGCGACACAGGUUCAAUGACAGCGGCGACGACGACGGAGGCGGUAGAAGCGCAAAAAAAUAGUGUCUGUUUACACGCGAUUAUAAUAUUAUUAUUAUUAUUUAACGGAUUGGUUAUAUGAACGAUAGAUAGAAAAAAAAAAAAAAUAAGAAUAAUAAAAAAUUGAAAAAUAACGGAUAAUUAUCGAUUCCGCGUAUUCGAUACGUAUACAGUAUACCCCGAAUUCUGUUUAUCGCACAUCGGCACACGUGGGCUAUGGGCAUAAUAUUAUCGUAUUAAUCAUGAUAAUAAUAAGUACGUGAACGGAUUUUAAUAUUAUUAUAAUAUCUUGCGGAUAAUAUUCGCUUUUUACGGUUUUUUACGCGCGUCCCGAUCGCGAUAAAAUACCUAUAGUUCUGUGUCUAUAGGUAUAAUAAGUAGGUAUAUAAUAUUGUUAUUAAUUCAAUUCGUCCCGCACGUGUAUCGCCCCCGUUAACCCACUCCCUUUGGUAAAAUCCUCGAUAGCGAUGAGUAUACGUAAUAUUCUAUAGGCGGGUACGAUUUUUUUUCCGUCCAAAAAUACGCGUUUGCAAAAAAAUGGGGUCGUUCACACCGAUUUCAAAGAUAUCUAAAUGUAGAGCUCAGGAAUUUCCAAUGGGAGAAAAUGAAGUAAAUAAUAAUCGCCAAAUAAAUGGAAGAAUCUCUUUCUCUAAUCAAUAACCUAUGUUGACUAUAUAAUAUGGACAUUUGAAAGCCGAAACGAAAAAAUCCAAUUCUCAAUCAAUAAAUCAAGCUUUUCCUCGUAACUUGGCCAAAAUAAUAGACGUUUCCUCCAGAUGAUAUCACCAAAAUCACUCGAAAGUGAUUGUAUUUGCAAGCCUUGGGGGGAAAUGUAUAUUACUCCUAACCUCCCCUUCAACGCACGUUACUGUUUGAAUGUAUAUAGUAUGUUACAUUAUUACACCGAUAUUUCACUUUCGGUUCGUCACAGACCGGCGGCCGCAGUAUAAUCGAUAAAAGAGUAGAAAAAUCUUUCCAUCUUUCCGAUAUUAUACUCGUACAUCGAUUUAUAAAAAAAAAAAAAAACAUAAACAAAAAUUGCGAUCAUUACAAGGACGCCAACGGUCGAGCCGAGUAAGCUGGCAAACGACCGCGAUACAUAUACGAGUAAAGGAGUAUUUUUAAAUUCUUUGUGUGUUUUGCUAUAGCCGGUAGUCGUGUAUAUAUGGGGACGCGUCAUCGGGAAGACGGUAAAUAUUAUUGUGUACCCAGUAAAGUAUAUAAGUAUAUAAUAAAAAAAUAAAACAAACGAUUGUCGGUUUUUUUUCAAAUUAAUUUUUUCUCCGAAACGAUCACUAAAUGGGGAUAUUUCCCGAUUGACCGAGCGUCGGGUUUUUUUUUUUUUCAAUUUUUCAAAACUAGAUUUAAUACCUAUUUUACGCGUUGCGUAGUAUGUCUUAUUCAAUUCGUCUGGCUCUGGAUUAACAACGAGUGCGUAAAAACCGAAUGUAUAACCAGUUAUAUUAUACUAUUAUAGAUAAAAUUACAGUCAUCCGUCAGACAUCUCCGGGCCGGAUAGGAAAAAUCCAUUACUAUACCAUCGGGACAUUCCUCCGUGUACUUAUUAUACGAAUUAAAACUCGUGUACACAAACAAACAAACGCAUACAUACACACACACGCGCGCGUGCACACGCACACGCUAAAGACUAAAAAGUACCAGCCAUAUUAUAUUAUACCUAUUGAUAUUCCGGUCGGCGUCCCGUAGUAAACUAUUGGCGGCACACCGAUUGAAUACACAUUCGGAUAUCUUUAUAUUAUUUUACGACAAAAAACAAAAAAAAAAAAAAAAAAAAAAAAAACCGUUUCCUACGGUCCCGUACGUUGUCUAUAUAAUAAUAACGUAUUGUGAUUAAUUGGUUUUAAUUACUAUUGAAAACUGCGCGUGUUUUAUAUAUAAGUUUGUAUAAUAAUAUACGGCUAUCCAUAUAGUAAUGAAACGCCAUCUGCGCGCGCUGCGGACUCGUAUACAGAACGAAACGGACCUGCGAUAUUAUUCCGUCGUUCCUCGGUCGUGACCUGACCUAUUGAAAAAGUCCGUAGGAAACGCGAUGUCAUAGAUAUAGAUAAUAAACUAGAUUGCUAGGUUCCCUUUACUUGCCAUAUAAACGUUUAAAGCCGUAUAUCCGCCAUUACUAGUAGGUAAUUUGUAUAUUAUCGUGUCAUAAUUUUGAUAACACAAUUUAUCGCAGAUUUAGAUACAAUUUAAAUGUUAAAAAAAUGUCUUUUUUCGUGAAAGUAACAAAUUCGUUUGAUUAUUUGACAUUAAUUAUUGUUUAAUAAUUUAUUGUUGACUAAUUAAUUUAAACUUGUGAUGAUAAUCCGUUGAAUAAUUUCAUGUUAUCUAUAGUACCUAUCUACUAUUCUCAUCUAUUCUGUGGUUCCAUAGUAAGUAUAUGUACACUUGAAAAACCAAUGUUACAUGUACGUAUAGGUACAUUUCGAAUUUCCAUAAAGAUUAUAUUAGUUAUAGAGCACCUAGUUUUUUAACUGCCCGGGGUCCUUUCUCAUCUAUCUACGUCACACUGUCUGUUAUGGGUACCGACAAUUUGUACAUUCGGGAAAAAGAGUUGAUGAUAGGGCUAAUGUACUUUGAACCAAUGGGUUACACAGGUAUAGUUUUAUAAAUGUACGUAUAACAUAACAUCAAAUAAUACAAAUUAUUAUUACACUGAAAACAGUAACAGUAUUAUAGUCAUGUUUUAGCAUAGGUAUAUAGGUAUCCAAUGCUAAAUUUACUUAACCACAAUACUAUCUACAUCUGUGUUUUAGUGGAUGCUAUUUUUAAUCUAUUAUAUCCAUUCAAAAUGGCGGAUAGUAACUUCAUGUCUUAUCACUAGUCAGCAAUCUAAUUUAUUGUCGUAAUAUAUAUCUACCUAUAUUAUAUACUCGAGAAAAUCGAAUUCCGGGUGCCCUGUAGGUAUAUACGGCGUAUACAGCGUUUUCUAUUGUUAGAACGGUAUUGAAAAAAAUGAAAAAAAAAAAUGUACAAUGUAUAAGUACUUAUACGUAUAUUAGCAGUUACAAAACGAUAUUAUAAUAAUAAUAUGAUCAUCCGAUCUGGUUUCUCUACAUUAUAAAGUACCCGAUACCCGUCAUAUCACACGCCCUCGCUCCUCGAAUAUUAUAAUAAUAUAUUCAUCGAUUCUUCUUUCCAGGACGAUCCGUAAUAUUAUAAUAUACGACAAUGUACGGUGAUAUUAAAAAAAAAUUACGGUAGCCGUAUAAUAUAUGGGCGGACCACGGUAUACGCGUAAUCUUUCGAGUUGAAUUUAUUUCGUAUGUUAUUAUAACGGGAAACAAUCCAAAUAGUAUAGGUACAUAAUAUUAUCCGAAUGACGAGGCAGAUAUAUCCGUACACACGGAUAUCUCAUUUUCACGGAUUAUGGACCAAGUUCGUUAAAAAUAAAAACGCCCAACUCGGUACAACCUAUAAAUACUGUCAAACAGAAUUAUCCGUAUUUACAAUCGAGUAUUUCUGUAAAAAUCACCGCCGCGUUUUAUGAAUUCUAUAUUUAUACACGUUGUCACGUUAUACUCACGUGUUCCGAGCACGGAUUUUAUAUUAUUGUUGUUAUUUCAAUCCUAUAUACCUACUAUGCGGUUGAUACGUCAUAUUUCAUAUAGGUCGCAUAUAAAUUAAAAAUUAUAUCUUAUAUUAUAAUUUUUUUUUUUUUUUUUUUACGAAUUUCAAACUAUAAAAUAAGUAUUCGUAAUAUAGAAUAUAGAUAACGACGAUUUUUCGGUAGUGAUAAAUGUACGGACUCCUGCGGAUUCCUCAAAAUUUUUUGCACGGUUUAUCCGGUUUAUCGCAUUUAAAUAAACGAAAAAUAAAAAAAAAUUUAAACGUUGAAAAUAAAAUGUAAAUAUUUUUCGCGCUAAAUAACCAUACCUAUCUAUAUAAACAAGAACCUUACAAGCACCUAUAUAUAUACAUAAGAGGUACAUAUAUUAAUACAAAUUAUGAUUAGAAUUGUAUAUUUACUGCAUAUUACACGGUAUUUAAAUCAUGAAUUACGGUAAUUGUACGGUAAUCGGUGUUUAUAAUCAGCGGCGUUCUUUAAUAAAUCAAAUUAAUAAUCAGAAAAGUCAAAUUUCAAGUACAGACAUUAUGUUGACGCGUUUUAAGAUUUUUCACGCCGGUAAAAAGACAAAAAGUCAACGACAAAUAAAACAUCAAACGAUUUUCCGCUGUUUUACGAUAAUCGAUUUUCGAUAGACGCGUUGGAAACCGACUAUUAUUUCAUAAUAAUCUAGUAAUAAUAUGUAAGACAAUUAGACGAAUACAAAAUGGUUUGUUACUAAUAGCAGAAACUUUCUUCUUGAAUACCUGGGCAUUUUUUCGUUUACGAAAAUUAUUAUUAUCAAUGAUAAUAAUACCAAACGGUUGUCCGACAUUAAUGUCAUAAUGACAACAUGACGCGUUUUCGAAAAAUUUUAAUGCGCAUUCGUGAUAAACAAACGCGUAUUAACAUUAAACACAAAUAUAGUUUUGCGCAAAUUAAAAUAUUAUUUUCCGAAUUUGUAAAAUACGUGUGGCGUGAUACACGCAGUUGAACGAAACGACUCAAUCGCCUAGUUUUCCGUUCCGAAGAAGUUUAUUAUAGUAUAAUAAUAUGUUUUUUUUUUUUUGUAAUCGAAGGGUAUGGGAAAAAUACCGCGGAAAAUUCUCACGGUAUUACACGCAGACUUACGGUUUCCGCGACGAUUUCCGAUUUGAAUACCUGAAUAUAGUUAACUGAUACAAUAUGUCCGUAUACCUGUACAUAAUAUAUACAAUAUUAUUAUUAUCGCGUCAAACUUUCGUAGUGUGUGUCGUUGUGCACAGGUAUUUUUUGGCGUAGGCGGUGGAGACCAGCACCAGUAUUUCGACAAUAGACGCACAAUAAUAAUAAUAAUAAUAAUAAUACGUAAAUGUAUUUUUAUUGAAUAUAUCAAAAUGUUGCCAAAAUAUAUUCAAUAGGUCCGGGAAUAUUUCGAAAUCAUUUUACUGUAUUAUUUAUUGUACGUAGGUACAGGUAUUACAUUAUGUGUACACUUAAACGGACCGCGUAGCACAAGUAUAACAACAAUAUGAUAAUAAUAAUGUUGGCGACCGAUAAGACAGGUGGGUACCGUUGAAAACGAAUGCAUAGACCGUAGAUAGGUGUACCUUUAUGUACGAAUGUAUCGGAGACGUAUAUUAUCAUUAUUAUUACAAGUACGCGAGACGUCACGAUAAUCGAGUCGGAGACGUAUUAAUCUUGUUCGCUGUCAUUAUUGGUGAGAGCGGAAAAUAAAAUACUAGUAUACAUAUAAAUCGAAAUAUUUAUUUGCUACAAAGUUAUUAAUCGGAUAUACCUAUAAAUAAAGGUAUGCUCAGCAUAGUUGCGUGCCCAGGAGUUUACAAUAUGAGGGGAUGUAGUAAAAAUGCAACAAUCAUUAAGGCACGGGUUUUAAUAUUACUCUUAAAAUCCACAAAAAAAUUCUUGAAAAAAUCAUGAAAAUCCCGAAAAAGACUUAUAAAGUAUUUAAAAAAAAAAAACAAAAUUGGUAGAGUUAUUUAAAAGUUUCUCCCCCCUCUUACGGCUCUAUUAAAUACGAUUUUCUAACAUCACAUGAACGAUUAACAUAAAGUUUUUUUUCUAUAAUUACUUUAUGUUGAAAGUUUCAAAACUUAUUUUUGUAGAUUUUAUGUGUAAUGAUCCCGAGCCUUAAUUCUCACAGUUUGUGAAUACAUCGUAUAACAAAACCGACAGUGUGAAUUUAAAAACUGGAUUCAAAAGCUAAAAAAUAUAAUGCUUAGACUAAACACCACUAAAUAAACGCUCGUAGUUGUUGUAUCGUAAGCUAAUGAUUGACGGGGGGCGGGAGUUAUAUAACCUUUAACCUCCCUUCAUCUGCGUAUGCCACUGUUUAUUUAGAGGUAGUGUAUAGUCCUGUAGUCGAAACGGAAGGGCGGUGGGCCAUAUAAUAUCAGAUAAGAAGGUGUAUGAAACUCUAGAAUAACAUAAUGUAAUAUAAUAUGACUCGUCUAAAAUAUUAAUAUUCUCUUUGUCCGUCUAUAGAUACGAUAUUAUGUAUAAUAUCACGGUACUCGUAAGUAAUAUUGUAUUUUAUUAACUGCGCGUCGGCGGUAAAGGGCGAAGUAUAUAAACGCGCAAAAAUCGAUCCAAACCGCAGAGACGGCGAUGAUUUUCUCGUACGAUAACACUACCCGGUAAACAUGGCACGUAUACGCGUAUUCAGCGUACAUAUUUUUGGUAUGAAUUAUGUAAAUAUGUAUGAAUAAGUAAGGAAAGCCCACUCUACCAGAGCGUCUUAAGUUUCUAUAAUUUCUAAACGCAUUUCAAAACAAAUACACUAUAUAUUCUUCCACAUCCAUUUUGUAUAAAAAACAAUUUUGAAAGAAUUCGGUAACCCUGUACCUUUGGUUCCAUGGCAAAAAGGCCCGAAUCAAUUUCCAUACAAUUUUCAAUACAGACAAAUUCAAUUUUUAAAAUACAUAUAAUAUACACUAAUAGGUACAAUGUACAUACACCAAAGCAAUUUUUUUUAAAACACGCAAUAAAGGGAAAAUAAUUAAAAACCCAAAUUAUAAAAAAGUAAUGCCAAAAAUUUACUUGAGCCCUCCUUCCCUGGGACCAAAGAUAUAUGAAUAAAACCUAUGAAUACGUUACAUAUCCUAAUUUGUAAAUAUGUGAGACAGUAUAAGUAGGUAUACUUAUAAUUUAGUUAUCUAUUUUUUAAUAUUGGCUAGUAUGAAUUCAUAUUAAUGUAUAAUGAUAUUAAUAAUAAUGUUUCGAAUAAUAUACAUAUCGCUUAAUUAGAUUAGGUCGUAGUCGACUUAAUUCACACCGAAUAUAUAUAUUCGUAUAAAAUACGUAUAUGUGCUAUAAACUUUCGUGUAAAGAUGGAAACAAAAGAGGAAUACAUCAUAGUAAAACCAUACGCUCUCAAAAUCUAAAAGGAAUUUGCAGAAUUUGUAGGCGUUGUUGGCACGGCCGCCGCCUACGUACUUACUUAUACCAACUAUUUACUACAUAUUAUUAUAUAUUUGUAUACGCACUCUACCGCUCACUCAUUCGGCAAUCAACCUAUUGUACACGCACUUAUAAAAUAUUAUACAAAAAUAAUAAUAGAUAGGUACCUAUAUGACAUUAUAAUAUUAUUAUAAUGUGUGGUAGUAGUGAUGUAUGUGUAAAUAAAUCUAAAUACGCGAUCUUCAGACGCGAAAAAUUCGCAUUGUCAUAUAAUAUUAUGAUAUUAUAAUGUACUAUAUAAACUGGCUUAAAUCGCAAGUAAUAUUAUUCGUAUACACAUAAAUUAUUACUAUACUAUUAUAGGGUCAGUCACCUUCCUGGAUUGAUAAGGGGUUUUUUUUUUUUAUGUCGCCAGUCAAAUGCAAUUACAAGUGUAAACCAUUCUUAUCCAUAAUAAAAAUAAAAAUAAAUUAUAAUAUGUAUGGAUAAUGUAAAAUUAAGUUGUUAUGGUUUUUUAAUGAGUAUACCAACAUAUCAUGUUAAAUUUAAAAUACCUAUAACAAUAAUUAGUACGGAUUUUGAAGCACUGUUAAGGUUAAAAUGAGUAUAAAAUCAACUUUUAAAAAAAAUACCGUCAUACUUUGUACAAUAGCGUCAAUGGGUGGGCCACUGUUGUAGGUGAGAAGUUAGGAAAGGGAAGUUUGAAGAUAUAGAGGGGAAUUUAAAGUAUAUCUGUACGCAACGAUUAAUCAUUGUUAACGAAAAACGAUUCUGAGCGGAGUUCGGUUACACAUGUUUUGAAAGGCCGUAAUAUUUACGAUUUGAAAAUAAUACAUUUGGUAAAUUUUCUUAUUUUUCCUACAUUUUUUUUCCAUUUAUUAUGAAAAUCUCUGGUUAAAAUCAAAAAAAUUCCUUAUUAAAGGAACUACCCCCUUCAAAUUUCUUUUUAGAAAAGGUGUUACACUUGAAAAUUAGAGCAAAAUUUCUAGUAUAAAAGUUCUUCACAGAAAUAAAAUAAACAUCAUUGUAAAACCAAUACAUUCCUCUCUCCGCUCAGAAACUAAACUGUUUUAUUAUUAAUUAUGUUUAUUCUAUAUUAUUAACCUACCACUUAUUUAUAUAAUAAUAGUUGAGUACUGGGUUUCACGAAAUAUUACACAACUAUUAUUUUAUAUUAUAAACGAACUAUUCGUUUUUUCCGAAAAAUUAUAAAAAAAUUUAAUAACUAUUAUAUAGGUACCCACAAUAACUUUAUUUUAAAAUGCAUACCUAUAAGUAGCUAAUAAAAAAUUAUUAAAUCUAAAACUGGUAGCAGCAAAUCGAGGAGAAUGUGACGGCCUUAUGAAAAAAUUAAAAACAAUUUUAUGUAAAAAUGUAUCCUAUACAGUAACGGAUCCAGGGGGUAAUCGUACUCCCCUUACUUAUUCUCCAAUAGACUCUUAGCUCCGACAUACUCUCAGUUUAUUGAUUCGUCAUAAAUGUGUGUCUUAAAUACAUUUUCCAAAAAGUCCACUUACCGUUGUUUUAUCCACCCCUGAUUUUAUGUAAUAUGGAUAACUUAUAAAUAUAAAUAACUUCGAACUAUAGUAGAAAAAAACAUAUCUUUUCAAAAUCCAUAACUGCUUUAAUUAGUAAGAACUGCACUUUAAUAUGAUCAUACAAAUAGGUAAAUGCUUGCAAAUCUAUGGAUAAACUGUAAACUAAAAUAGUUUAGGCGAAAAAGGCUGACUUUUAACAUAUUUAAAUUUUUAAAUACUCAUAUUGUAUCGCUUUCUAUAAAGAAUAUAAUACAAAUAUAUCAAAAAAAUUAGUGGUGAGUUGUGCAGCUGUAUUUACAGUUUUGACUCCAAACAAUUUUUCUGGGGGAGGGGGUGCAUCACUAAAAUUAUAACAACGACUUUUUUAUUUUUGCUUAUCUAAGGUUUUAAUUAAUUAUUAAUUUAUCCACAUUUAAAAGUGAGGGGGCAAACAAAAUUCCAGGGAGGGCUAUCGCCUCUGUCAUAUACUUGGAUUCAACACUGUGUACUUACUAGAAUUCAAAAAGCGCCACACAGUUAAAUUGUCUCCGUGAAUUAAAAUAAAUCGACGAUAAAAACGAUGGCAUAGAUUUCGGUGAAAAUAUGAUAAUAAUAAUAUUACUAUAUUAUAUUGUAUAGGUAUAAAGGUAUUUUUUUUUUUUUUAAUGACUAUAUAAUCUUCCUACUACAUAAAAAUAAAAUAAAACCGCGUAAAUUUCGUCUUUGGAUUAAUCGUUUUCGUUUUAUAUUCGAGUACGAGAUUGAUGUUUAUUAUCGUUCGUACCUACCUUCGGCUUGUAAACAGUUAAACGGUUUUAUCAUAUAAUAAUAUUAUAGUGGCAAUUUUUAUUUUGCGCAGCGAAAUAACCUACAAAAACAAAUUAAUACAAACCAUACAUGUAUAUACACUUUUUAUAUACUUGUAUUCAUAAUUUAUGUACAUUAUAUUACAUCCCCUCUAGAAAUCGAGUGUAUAAGAAUGUACAUUUUACAACAUAUAGAGUGUGUGCAGUUGGAUCAGUAUAUUGACCCACGUCGUUAUUGACCGCUUAACUUUAAAUACAGUAUUCCAUUUAUAAUGUAUAAGUAUAAUAUAGCAAUAAGGUUUAUCAGUAGCUAUAUGAUGUACGACAUUAUAAUUGUAUCAGCUUUGUUUUCUUUUUGAAAUUUUAAAAAUUUACCUUUAGCUUCGGUAAAAAUCGAACCUCUGCGUCAGAGCUUUGUACUAUAAUAAUAACUAAAUUAUUUAGUAAUGAACAAUAUGUUCUAAUUUUUUUUUUUUUUUUAAUCUAAAAUAGACAGAUUAAUGCAGAAGAUAUCGGUCGAUAAUUCAGUAAGGACUGUAGGACUCCUUAGAUAGAGAUAAAUAUAGAAAUUUAUUGGAAGCUGCUAAAAGCCUUAAAGGUUCAUGAAGUAAAGAAAAUAAACUCGAUAUUGAUAAUUAUGAAAAUAAGACAUAUUAUAAUUCCACCAACAAAAACAUAGUACUUACUGAAGAAAUGUGUAUACUAGGUCAAUGACGCGAAACUAACUAAGGUUUUUAUCGGGGGAGGUUUUAUGUAUAUUUGCCAAUAAUAGCAAUAAAAACAUAAAUAUUUAAUACAUUUGAAUAGUACUUAAAUUAUUAUAACACAAUGUCGAGUUCCCUUGGUUUUUUAAUAAUUUCAUCGACAUGAAACUUAACAUGUUUAUUUAUAGACAUAGCGGCUAAUCCAUUAGGGGAUUGGAAGCGUUGACUUUUUGUCUCUGUCUUACACGCGUGCAACAUAGAAACCUAGACGUAUUAUAUUUUCUACGUACUGGUUGGUCUAGUAAUGCAAUAACAAUUUUGGAGUAGUUAAAAUAAAAAAAAGCUGAUACUGAGGAUGGGAGCGGCCACUGUUGUAAGUGAUAAGUUGGGAAGGUAGGAUACAUAAGGUUAUUUUAUUUAUAUCUGUAAACAACGAUAAACCAUUGGUUGACGAAAGACAAUUCCGAGCGCGAUUCGGUAUUACAUCAUUUAAAGUGCCAUAAUUUUUUUUUACGAUUUUCGUUUAAAUUUGAUUUCAAAACUUUUAUUGAAAAAAAAAAGUCGUCCGAUAAUUUCAGAAAUGUUACCACGUCUAGGUAAGUCAAAUAUAAGUAUGAUUACCAAGUUUCAAAUUUUAGUAUUUAUAACCGAACUACAUCAAAAAACUCCCAAAAAUUAAAAUUCCUUAAAAGCUCAAAAGUGAUUCAAAAAUUUUGGCAAUGAUACCGUAAGAAAGUAAAUUAAAAAGACAACAAAAAACGUAUCGUGUGAUUUUUCGAUUUAAUCAUUUUUUCCUGGUAGAAAACGUAGUCGGUGUUUUUAUAAAAUAAUAAAAUCGUAAAAUUGUACGUUUUCCUAAGGUUUUCCCACUUAAGUACUUUUAUUUAAAAAAUGACCUCUCUAAAAUAAAAUCUAGAAAACGUCAGAAAAGUUGCUAUACGUAAAAAUCGCACCAAAUUUACUAGGAAAAAACUUUUUCACAAAUUAGAACAAAAAAAGAAAGAAAGAAAAAGAAGAAAUAAACAGCAUUGUAAAACCAAUAACUCGCUCGCUACGCUCGGAAUCUAAAAAGUUGGAAAUUCGAUCUUAAGGAGAAAACUUGACAAUAAAUUGAAUUUCAGAAAUUUUAUCACUUCAUUAGAUCAAUCGGUACGUUGCAAAUAAAACACGUUUAAAUUCUUAUGUUCCACGUGUGUAAGACAAAGACAGAUAGUCACCACUUCUAAUAAUUAUAUUUGGAUAUAAAUCAUUAUUUUUUAGUAAAAGGGAUGUUCAUUGCUGUUUUCAAAUUAUCAAAUGAAAUUUGUGUGUCGACAUUCAAAACUAUGUUGAUAUCACAUACCUAUAAACCUCUGUAGAGAAAAUCUCAACAAGUUUAUUUAGUGCGUCAGUUUCUUCAUGAGUUAAUUUCGAAGUUCAUGAAUUAUUAAAGAAAGAGGGAAAAUUGGUUAAAUGAAACAACUUGUAUACUGUGUAUAUAGAUACCCAUAUAAUAUUAUUAUUGCGAAUGACCAGUUUUGGAUAAAAUUUUAAAACGUAUAGAAAAAAAAAAACAAAGUGACCGCAUCCCAGAUAUUUAUAAACAUGAAAAAAAAAACAACUAACUAGUAAAGCAUAAAAAAAAAAAAAUGUAUGUAUAAUAUAUUUUGCAGAAUUAUUGUUAAAAAUACAUUAGGAAACGAUGGGCGAAUUUACGAGUUUGUGUGGAUGAUGACCCGUGGAGUGUCGAGUAUGUGUGUGUGGGUAUUUUGGCAAAGAUAUAAAAACGGUUUUACAUAUAUGCUAACAUAUAAAAAACAUUGCUGUACGUGUCUGUGUGUACUUACCUAAACACGCACACACCGGGAACCGGAACAAAAGUGAAUUUCAAACUCGUUUUAGGUUAUCCGCGUCCGUUCCAAGUUCCAAUAAUAAUUGCUAUAUAGCUAUACCUACAUGAGUGGUGCGUAGUGUAGGUACUUGCAGAUCUCUCUAUAUUAUUUAAAAAUAUUAUGCGGUUUCUUUUUUCGCGAAUUUCCAUACAUCACCGUGGCCUAUAUUAUAAUAUAUUGUGUUCGGCGUCUCUGUCGGUUAUAAAUGGAUACCUUUUACCUAUACCUAUAGGUAUUUUGUUCGGUUAAAUUUUUUUAUUUCCGGAAUACGACUAUUAGGUAUAGGUAUAUGCGUUUCGUAGAACGGGAUUUCGUAAAACGGUACAUUUAAACACGUCUCUGUUAAAAAAAAUAAAAAUAAUAAUAAAUAAAUAAAUAAACAACAUUAUAACCAUUCGCGAAUCGGUAACCAUUAAAAUGUUAGAGUCGCAAUAUUCAAACUCGAGCGUAAAUAUUAUGUUUAUUUAUCUUUUAUAAUUUAUAAUGGCUAUGCAGUCACAGUUACAGUUUCGCCGGGAAUGGGUAUAUCUACAAAUCAUUAUUAUAUGGCUGUAAUUUCAGUAGACUUGAAAUCCCAAAAAGCAGCUCAAAAGUACUAAUCAAUACAUAAAAAAAAAAGAGCCAAUACUGGGGGCGGGCGUAUCACUGUUGUAGGAGGAUAGUGGGAAAAAUGGGAUACAUAAAGUUAUUUAAUUUAUACCUGUAACUAUCGAUAAAUCAUUGCUAACGAAUAACGAUUCUGAGCGAAUUUCGGUUAUACUACAUGUUUUGAAAAGCCAUAAUAUUUACGAUGUUAGUCCAAAUUUAUUAUAAAAAUGUCUAUAAAAAAAAAAUACUACAUUGAACUCAAUUUUUCUUUUGGUUUUUGACCACAAAGUACGAUUGAUACUGAACGUUCUGUUAAAUAUUCAAACACUUCUGUUUAAUUAAACAAUUUUAUCUGCAGAGUACCUACCAAAUAAAAAUUUGACCUCAUCUAGAAAAGAUAAAUUCAGUAGAAGCCGCUUAUUAAGAACACUUUGAAACUGAGGUGAAACGUGUCACUUAACCGAUAGUUUCAAUAACACGAUUGUAUCAGUUAUCCGUGUUUCUAAUAAGCGGCUUCUACUAUACAAGUUUUCUCUCCAAAUUUCAAGUCUCUGCCGCAUAUUUUAAUUGAAUUACAACAAAAAAAAUAAAAUUGAAAACAAUAAAAACAUUAUUUUUGUAAAUAUCCCCGUUAAUUUAAAUUUUUUUGCUGUUUACUCAAUUAUUAAAAAUAAAGUACUAGAAAAAUCAAAGAACUACUUUCUUCCUGAGCAACUAGAUCCAAAAUUUAACAAAAAAGGUCACUUGCCAUUUUUUAAUUCUACCAAUAUUUCUCGUAGAAAAUUUAAUUAAAAACAAUGAAAUCGAAACGCUGCAGUGCGUCGUAAACAUUUGCCGUUUUUCUUCUUAUUAUUUUUUCCUGAUUAUUAUAAAAACCUUAGUAAAAUCAAUAAAUUAUCUCCUCAAAGCACCAACUAGAUAAAGUUUUAGAAAAAGUGUUACACGUGAUACAUCGGAGCAAGAUUUCUGGUAAAAAAGUCACGAAAACAAGAAAAAAAAAACGAAAAACACAUCAGAGUAAAACCAAUAAAUCCCUCAAUAUACGCUCUAAAUCUAAAAAAAAAAAACACCGUUAUGUGGGGAUAUUCAAUAUUUUGAAAACAAUAUAUAAUUAAACUAAAUAUCUAUAACUCAAUAUGUACAAAAGUGGUUGUUAUUUUCUAUAAUUACAAAUUUAUUGGCACGCAAUGUUAUCAAGUGUAAAUUGAAUAGGAAACACCAACAGAAUGCUUUUCGAAAAAGCAAAAAUACAUUUAAGAGAGUCAUACAAAUUGAUGAUAAUUCCAAAACCAGCCAGAUUGAGUUUGAAAACUUAGUGCCCGAUGCCAGUUAUUGUUUUACAAAACAAUUAUAAAAACAUAUACCAACAAAAUAUAAAACAAUUGAAAAAAAUUAUAAGAUAUUUUUCUAAAUAUAUUCAUCAAAAUAACAAACUAAAACCUGGAGUAUUAUAAAGAUAAUGUGUAUAAGUACGACCGGUUUCGAUUUAAAAGCGUCAUCGAGUAAUAGAACAACAAAGACGGACAAAUAAUACGUGACCGUAUAUCGAAUGAGAACGGGAAAUACAUUGACAAAAAUUACCAUAUUUUUUACAUAGGGAGCAAACAAAUUUUAUUAGGAGAGAUUGUAAACCGUGAUGAAAUGACAUAAAUUCCUAUGUAGGUAAUUAAUAUAAUUUAACAAUGAAUUUUAAGACUUAUGUACAAUACAUACAAUAAGAGGGGGGGGGUGCUUAACGUUUUGGUUAUAGUGGAUAAAUUGUUUUGUCCUCCCCUAGAUUUAUACACAGUUACGCCACUGGCUGCAGGUUCCUGUGGAGUUUUAAACAUCAUACGUUAUGCGUAUAUAGAAUAACGAGAAAAAAAAAGAAAAAGAAAAUGAGUUGAAUUUCAAGCAUCUACUAUAAUAAUUAUCAUUAGGUAGCGCGAAAAAUCCGGACGGACGAACGCGUAAUUCGAGACGACCGAUGAUUUACAGCAACGUAAAUUAUCAUCGACUAAAUUAUUACCCGUGAUUAUACGUGAUUUAGACGUCUACCGACCGAUCGGUAACGAUUUCGGGGAUCGCGAAAUAAUACGCGGUGUGUACAGGUGUACCUAAUGAAUGCGGCGAUGAUUUCGCGAUUAUUGAUGUUCGUAAAAAAAAAAAACUUCGGCGGCACUUCCCCCCGCGGUAUAUACUGUAGCGAAUAUUAAUAAUAAUAAUAAUAAAAAAUAAUCGAAACGCUAAAUAAACUGCGCCCGGUAUAACGCCGCAGCGUCUUCGUCCGGCAUUAAACCGUCCGCCCGGAGCGUUCGGUUGUUCUUUUCGCGCAUCGUAAUAUUUUAAUUGAAUCGCGCGGCGCUUACACGCGGCGGCGGCGGCGGCGGCGGCGGCGGCGGUCCGCGUUCUUUUCUCAUUCCGUCCCGCGCGAUUAAUCGAACUGGAACAUACUUCGCCGAACGCUCGCACACCCUGUAAUCAACGUCCAUUACAAAUAUCCCGUGUAAUAACGUACGCCGGUCCGGCACGCCCAUUACGGUAUUAGGCGGGCGGGCGCGUCCAACCGCCGGACGUCAUCGCGUCGAAAUGCGACCGAACGUUACCGGCCGAAAAUUUUGCGGACGGGUAGUACGGGAAAAUGCGCGUGCGGCGUUUGCGUGGGCUUUACCGGAACGCAGUCCGAGAAUCGCGUUACGGCGGUCGCUGGUGCCGCAGCGGGCAAGCGUAAUUUUAAAAACAAAAUAGAAAAUACGGGCAUACGUCUCACGAUGCGCGGCCCGCGAAGUUGAAUACGCGCUGUGUUGUGUUGUUACUUUUGUAGUGUCGGGAUUCAAUAAGUUACAGCCGUGGGGGGGGGGAGAAGGGUUUUUAAACCUAUCGUGUUUUUGAUUUUGAUUUUUUUUUUUUUCUUUCGUCAAGGGCUUCCGGGGAUUUUUUUUUGGAAUUUUUUAGCGCUUUUUUUUUUUUGUGGAUUUUAAGUCCUAUAUAAGUCCCGAACCCUGUUGUUAUCGAUUGCAGACAAUAUAUUUUACCAUAAUAAUACGACGAUAACCGCGUAAUGAAAUACCUGACAAAAAAAAAAAAAAAAAAAUAAAAUUAUUGAUUUUGUCGGCUUUAAAAGUAAACUAUCGCUGUAGUGCAGACUAGGUAGUCUAAAUUUCCGAGUUUGGCUGGGAGGGGUAUCAUAUCUCCGGCCUUGAUCACGGAGAAUUGAGGAAUGCGCAAUAGGUACACAACACCACUAUUGUUCGGCAUAUAACUGUGCAGAAUGAGUCUUACUAAUUAUACGAAAUUAAUUAGAUACUCGGUUGCACUUAGACGUGCCGAUAUAUAUCGUUGACGGACACUGCCGAUAAACUUCCUUUGAAGUUUGCAGCUAAAUCUAAAUCUUAUUUGAUAUUUCGGUUAUUUUACAGCCGUCAAUGCCUAUAAUAAUAUUAUAAUAGAAUAAUCCGUUUGAAAAUCAACAUUUGAUAUGACGACUGUUUUAUGCCGGUGGUGUACGGGAUAGGGGUAAACUUGUGAGACCGACAUCGAUUUUAUAACUCGAAAUCUUCGAUACAUUGAUAUAUCGGAUUCGUGAUAGUAAAACAUAACUACUAUGAAUAAUAAGUGUAAGCGUAUAAAUAAUAAGUUAUACCGAAUUAUGUAUUAAAAAAAAAAAAAACACCGACACGCAGAUUAAGGUUUAAAGAGAAAAAAAAAAUUAAAAUUAAUGUAUUCAUUAUGAUUUUCGACGGGCAAAAACCAUAGUAAUAUAUUAUAAUAUAAAUACGCAUUAGCGAAAUAUGUCACUGUCCCCGCAACGGAUUUUCAACGCUUCUCUAUAUUUUUCUACAUUAUUCGAUUCGUUUACACCUACAUUAUACACGCGUAUAAUAUAAUAUCAUUAUGCUCGUAUAUCGAAAUAAAAAUUGUAUUCUUCGAAUCCGUUUCGUACGUACGCGCAGACCGACGCCCUAAAGGCUUUUUAUCGCACCGUAUGUCGUCGGGCUGAACUUAUAUUUAUACACGCAUACAUACAUAAUAUAAUACGCCCCGAACCGGUCUCGAUAACACAAAGUGCGCGCGGUGGUCGGUUUUUUUUUUUUGAAAUAUUGUGUGUAUAAUAUUCAAUGUCAUCGGGAACCGUAUUAUUUUUACUGUUUCGCGCUCGCGUAUAACGCGUAAUUCUUUAGUUGUGCGGCUGUGCCCACGUUGCCGCGAUGUCGAUUAAUAUUUUCCCGUACCUAUUAUUAUUCGUGCACUUAUUAUGUAAUAAUAAUAAUAAAGCAAGAAAAUUCGGUUAUUGACUCGUAAUCACUUAUAUACUCUAUAAUAUUAUCCUACACGUAUUUAUCCGUGAAAUUGUGUACGUUGUAAUUGUAUAUUUUUCGUUCAUUCUGUACUGUUGGUUUUAACAUUAGGGUGUAUUUGCCGAUUAUCGAACCUGAACUUAAGAACAUUGUCUAUGUAUUUUCGUCAGUUUUUUCCGAUGUUUUGACUUUUAAGCGAAACACGAUGAUUUUAGAUUUUGAACGGAGCGAGCAAUGUAUUGGUUUUACAGUGAUGUUUAUUAUCAUUUUUUUUCUACGAACAACUUUUCUACCAGAAAAUUUGUUCAGAUUUUCACGUUUUUCUGAAAGGGAAUUUGACUAGGGUGAUACUCAAGAGAGGUGAUUUUUUAUUUUCCCAGAGGUUUUCCUAAUAAUUGGGAAACGUAUUACUUUCUAAUCGUAAAUAUAACGGCCUUUCAAAACAUGUAAGACCAAACUCCGUCCGGAAUUGUUUUUCGUUAGCGAUGGUCAAUUGUUGCGUACAGAUAUACAAAUAUAUAUUAAAUAUUUAUAAUGAAUUUCCCCUCUACCUUCCCAACUUCUAACCUACAACAUUGGCCCAUCCAUCGUGCGAAGUAUGUCCGUUUGUUUUUUAAAAUGUAAUAUAUCACAUAUUCGUAACUCGCCGGAAAAUUAAAAUAUCGAGAAAAAUUUAACGUAUACAAAUUUAAACAAUGUUCUAAUCUUUAGGUGUGUUGAGAGACACCCUAAUGUUAAAACUAACAGUACAAAAUUAACGAAAAGUCUAAAAUACUAAAAUAUAACGGUUUUUCAUGAAUUGGGCAAUUUCACCGGCAGGAUGUAACAUAUAUACAAUAUAUACAGAGGUAUCCUAAUGGAGAGGACGAUGGGAAUGAUCGCCUCCCCCUCCCCAGAGAGAAGUAAACUUUAACUGGCAUUUGACAUAAUCACAUUGGUUCAGAAGUAUAAUUUGACAUAAUUUUUUUUCUUAUCAAUCAUUAAUAUUAAAUUUAAUUAUUUCGCCCCCCCCCCAUAUCCAAGGUUUGAAGACGCCCUGAAUAUAUACUUGACGUACAAUACACAGUACAACGAAAUUUGCAUUCGACAAAAUCGAUUACGCGCUUAUUAGUAUCAACAAGAAUUGUCCGAUAUAUUUAUCUGUGUGUUUGUAUGUCGUAUUUGUCAUUUUAAGCGUGAUAUCCGUGAUAAGCGUGUUAUUUCACGCACUCACUCUCGCUUCUCGCUUAAAAAUUUAAAAAACCAACCAACAAUUCACAGAUGAUAAUAUGUUUUAAUCUUUAAAUUUUAAUAAUAGGUCGAUUCACUCUAUAUAAAUAUUAUUAAAAGUAACCGCACAAAUUCGGUAGUGUUGAGCGCAAAUCUACUUUGUCGCCCGUUAUUACAAAUCGCUUGAAGAUUCCUAUUUCUUUGAGGUCCUUGUUAUCGGUGUUACCACUACAGGAACGAGGAAUGAUAACGAAUUUCUAUACAAAAGAAACUUCCCCGAUACUGAUAUUUUUUUAAUAGAUAGAUAAAUUUAUCCCGCGAAAACCGGUAAAAUAUAAUAUCAUAUGCCAAUUUUUAACGUGUUUAUUAGGAUAUCCGUUUAGUGAAGACAACACCGCGGAUACCAGGACGACGAGGACGAAACGACAGAAUUCGUGGACGACGGUUUCGGGUCCGUGUCUGACGAGCAGAGGCACCCUCGGCAAGUGCACGAGCUUCCGGUCGUGCUAUCCAUACAUCAAACUACCGGACUUUCAGUUCUGGGACCCGUGGGUGAUCGGCAUGUACGACACGUGCACGUUCACGAGUGCUGACCACAAACAAGUGAUUAUAUACGAGUAUUUUUAUAACAUACGCGGCGUUGCUGUUGUACGUGUACGACGAAUAUAAUUUAUAAAAACUAACCUGACCUGACCCGACUGCGUAUAACACCGCCCUAUACUAGAAUGUCUUGAUAAAGCCGUCUCUGUCAAAGCGCUCUAUCCUAUACUUGUGUGCCGUUUAGAUGUUCGGCGUGUGCUGCGAUCACCCGAGCGUCGUGGGCACGGACGAGAGUCAUAAAGAAGAAGGAAUAAGACCUCCACCGCCGCCGACCAUGGUGGUGCCGCCGAACUGGCCGCCGCCAUUGCCCACCCAUCCCCCGGAUCACACCAUACCGCCGAUUCCAACGCAUCCGCCGUCACCGUCACCGCCGCAGCCUCCGACGUCACCACCUCUGAAACCUCCGAUGAAACCGCCGACGAUACCACCGUGGCCGCCACAGGUACCUGCCAAUACCAGCCCACCAUACAAACCACCUACCACCACAACCACUACCACUACUACCCCAUCCUAUAAACCGCCUACUACUACCACCACGCCGUCUUCUGUGGACAGCGAAGACGGAGUUCACGAUUAUCAAUGCGGCCUGAAGAACGGACCCCAGGACCAAGAGAGGAUCGUCGGUGGCCAAAACGCGGACCCCGGAGAAUGGCCAUGGAUUGUAAGUCUAAUAUAGUAUAACAAAAUCAUUAUUCGUAAAUUAAGUCGAUGCACACAAAUAUGAACCUGUUGUGGCACAAACAAGACAAUGUAUAUGGUUAGCAACUAAUUAUACCGUUACUCUUGAAUUUCGGAAUGAAUAUAUACCGUAGAUAUGGUAUAAUUUUGUUUUAUUAAUCACGGCGUAAAUUAAUCUGGUUAGACGGAGAUUGGGGGGGGGAGCUAGGGACUAGUUUAGCCCCCAAAAUCAUCCAUAGCCCCUCUCUAGGAUCCAAUCAAAUCUCCGUCUAUGAAUUGUUAGUUGUAAGUUUUCGUGGAUCGAAAGUCAAUUGACGAACGGUAAUUAUCUAUUUAACUUUUAGUAAUGGGUUACAUAUAUUAUUGUUUUUAUUCACUAGACAUUUUAUGAAACGAGGUCGAACCGAAUUAAUUGCUGUAUCUAUACAAAUCUGGUAGUCACAUUAAUGUCUUAAUUAUUAGGAAUAGAGAUCGUCUAUAAUAUGAUGUAUAUAUACAUAUAUUAUAUUGAAGUAUUUACUUCAGACACAAUUAUACGAUGAAUUUGGUUUCGCAUUGUAAUCUGGUCUUUUAUUUGAGACUUUGUCGUAUUGUCUCGGUAGCCGUCGUGCAUUAGAUCGCCACCUAUAUAAUUUAAUAAUUAUGAUUUAUAUGUACACGCAGUUUGUCGUUAAUUCAAAAAUAGGACAACAAUGGUCAGUAGUUUCGUGUCCAAUAGUAUCUAUAUUGUAUUUUAAUAAAUACUGUUCUCAAUGGCGAGUUACAUAAUAUUGUUAUUGUUUUUAUAGGUAGCGAUUUUCAACGCAGGCAGACAUUUUUGCGGAGGCUCUUUAAUCGACGACACUCACGUGUUGACGGCCGCCCACUGCGUUGCUCAGUAAGUUUUAUAAUAAUAUAAUUAUUAUAAUAAAUUAUGAAUUGAAUAUCGCUAUUGAUUUACGUGUUUUAAUCGACUCGAUAUUUUUUUAAAACGUGCAGCAUGAGUUCGUGGGACGUAGCUCGUUUGACUGCGAAUCUCGGGGACUACAAUAUCAAAAGCAAAUCCGACGUAAAACAUUUGGAGCGAAAAAUCAAAAGAGUGGUCCGGCACAAAGGUUUCGAUCAAAGAACUCUGGUCAGUGAACAACAUUAUUAUUAUUUCUUUAAAAAAAUAUAGCACUGAACUAUGUACACGGUUUGGUUAUUACAUAUCAGAUAUUUAAAUGUUUUAAAAUCGUUUUUUACAGUACAACGAUAUCGCUCUCCUAACAUUGGACAAACCCGUGAAGUUUACCAAACAAGUACAUCCGAUAUGUUUGCCGACAAGUAGAUCGAUGUAUGCUGGGCAAACGGCUACUGUUAUCGGUUGGGGUAGCUUGAGAGAGAGUGAGUUUCAAAUGAGAAUGAUAUACGUACGGUAUUUUUAUUAUUGUCUCUAAUGUGUAGGCGGUCCACAACCGGCGGUUUUGCAAAAAGUUAACGUACCGGUGUGGACAAACCAAGAAUGUAAGUUCAAGUAUGGAUCUGCAGCUCCGGGCGGUAUCGUAGAUCAUUUCUUGUGUGCCGGUAAAGCAGCCAGAGACUCUUGUAGCGUAAGUAAAUCGUGUAUACCAUUUUGCGUUUUUUAUAUUAAACAGAGUAAUCAACGUAACUAAGACACUUAUUAUCAUAGAAAUUAUUAUUUUUUCGGAAUUUUUUAGAUCGUUUAAGAAAUAAGUAGUUCUAAAAUGUUACGUUGCGGUUAUCUUUUGUCUCCUUUAUUUUAAGGCGUGAAACCACUAUCCACUUUUGGUUUUCAAACUAUAACCUAUAUUAAAAAUUACAUAUAUCGAUGGAAUAGUAGUUUAAAUAAAUUUUGGUGUUGAAAUUUCCGAUUUUCAUCUAUCUGUCAGUGAGAUAUUCCACUUUUAAGUUUCAGCGAGGAGAGAGUGGCGGAAUACUGUUAAAACGCCACACACCGUCACACAAACGAAACACCACUAAGUAAAAUGUAAAAUUUCUCGUAAACGGUUUGACAAAAAUUAAACAUUUCAAUAUCAAAACUGAUUUUAACUAAUAUUCCGUCUACUUUUAAUAUAGGUUGUCAUUUGAAAAUUGAUAGUGUGUACAGUGGUUUCAUCCCCUAAAAUAAAAGUGAAAAAAAAAAGUAAUACCAGGUUUUAGAGCUAUCUAUUUCUUAAAUGUGCUAAGAAAACAAAUUCCGAAAAAGCUAAUAUUUUCCGAGACAAUGAGUGUCUUACGUUAUGUGGAUCACUCUGUAUAAGACACCUUUGCAAUUAUUAAAACAUAAUCAAAACCAUGUUUUUAAACAGGGUGACAGCGGAGGCCCUUUGAUGCUUAACGACGGUAAGUGGACCCAGGUAGGUAUUGUCAGUUGGGGAAUAGGUUGCGGUAAAGGUCAGUAUCCCGGAGUAUACACCAGAGUAACGAGUUUCAUGAAUUGGAUAACGAAGAACUUAAAAACAUAAAUUUAUAUUAUAUUAUUAUAAUGAUAUUAUAGUAUACCGUUUAAAGUACCUUGGUAAAUUAUAUUUUUAUUUUCUGUAUAUAUUUAAUUAAUAUUAAUUAUUAUUUAUAAUCUUAUAUUCUUUUCACUUUUUGUAUUGUUUUAAAUUUAUUUUAUUUUCUAUUUAAAUUGAUGAUACGAUAUAAAUAAAAUAUUGUGAUAAAUGUGAUCAAUGAUUUGUCAUAACAUCUUUAAUUACAAAUCCUUUUUCGGAAUCUAGAAUUAUCGUAUCGCC